GGUCGCACCAAGCCGGAGGAGGUCGUACCGUCCCUGCACAAAAAAAAAGUUCGAGGGAAAAAAGGGAGUAGAGUACAUAGUUGUCGAAAACGACCUACGGGGCGUCUUUCUGUUUUCUCAUUGUCAGACUGGCACUUGACAACUUUUCGACAGCGGUCAUGUCGUGAGAUGACCGAUCGGAUAUCACACGGUUUAUGACGGGAAGAGAUGGAUACAACGGCGGUCGUCAGAUGGGAAUAAGUUGGAAAAGUACGAAACAAAAAUGGAGAGAACAGCUGAGUGACUAGAGUGGGGUGAGGAGGCUGGCUUUGGCAGGAUCCGGAGUCCUACCCUGUUGCCCCCGCUGUCGUGUGUAGGCUAAACCUCUGAGCUAGUGUAUUAGCACACUUAGUGAGCCGACUACUUCCAAUUAAUUUUGAGAACCUACUUUCAUUUCAAGAAGAUCUUUCUCCAAAACAUCCCAAUCUGUAUAUUAUUAAUUCAGGAAAGACCGCACCAAUUAUUCAAUGGAUGAGGGUUAUGUUACAUGUGAAACGCCUUUCUAUAGCUCCGGCAUAGACUUGAGACAUCACUGAAGACUAUGGUGGGCCAAAUGGGGAUGCCCUAGUUGGUCUCAUCAUCCCUGCUAGCUCCUCCAAGCUGCUGGAUUCACCAUCUCCAUCACCAGGUGGUGUAUGCCACCAGGUGUACAAGCAAAUAUAUAAAAGUUGGCUUCAACUUGGAUGACAGAAUACAGUUAUAGACAUGUACUAAAUCAAGUCUGACUAUCAUUAACCCUUUGACUCUGAACACGGCUGCUCUUAAGGGUGGUCUAUGAGCGCUGACUUCCCUGUGCCUGAGGUGUGAUGCCACCCUGUUUUGAUGGGUGUGAGUGUCAGCGGCUCUUUUCAAGGACCUCACUGCUCUGGGUGCAGCCAUUAGAUGUUGCCCGCCCCCGCUCGCUUGAGUCCAGUGUUGCGGUGAUGACGCAGGGCUGCUGGUGGCCCGUCUGGUUGGCUGGGCAGCAGCCUGAGGUGAUGUGAUGGGGUGCAAGAACAGCAAAGUCCUCCCUGAACCUCCGGGAGAUGUUCAGCUGGACUUGGUCAAAAAGGUGGACCCUCCCCACCCGCCUCAGACAGACCUCUAUAAACAUUUCAUCCGAGGGGACGGAACGGGCAGCAAGAUGGGGGGAGGGGCUGAAAAGGCAGACCCCGCCUCCCCCUGUCAGGCGCAAGCAGCCAUGCCUAACGGAUCCGCCCAACCUCCAAACGCCCAAUCGGACCCGACGGACCCCCAGCGGAAGAAAGUGGCCAAGUACCGCGCCAAGUUCGACCCCCGGGUCACGGCCAAGUACGACAUCAAGGCCCUGAUUGGCCGCGGCAGCUUCAGCCGUGUGGUGCGGGUGGAGCACAAGAGCACGCGGCAGCCCUACGCCAUCAAGAUGAUCGAGACGCGCUUCCGCGAGGGCCGGGAGGUGUGCGAGUCGGAGCUGUGCGUGCUGCGCCGCGUGCGCCACACCAACAUCAUCCAGCUGAUGGAGGUGUUCGAGACGGCGGAGCGGGUCUACAUGGUGAUGGAGCUGGCCACGGGCGGCGAGCUGUUCGACCGCAUCAUCGCCCGCGGCUCCUUCACGGAGCGCGACGCCACGCGCGUGCUGCAGAUGGUCCUGGACGGCGUCAAGUACCUGCACACGCUGGGCAUCACCCACCGGGACCUGAAGCCCGAGAACCUGCUGUACUACCACCCCGGCGCCGACUCCAAGAUCAUCAUCACCGACUUCGGCCUGGCCAGCAGCCGCAAGAAGGGGGACGAGUGCCUGAUGAAGACCACCUGCGGCACGCCCGAGUACAUCGCCCCGGAGAUCCUGGUGCGGAAGCCCUACACCAACGCGGUGGACAUGUGGGCUCUGGGCGUCAUCUCCUACAUCCUGCUGAGUGGGACCAUGCCCUUCGAAGACGACAACCGCAUGCGGCUCUACCGGCAGAUCCUCAAGGGCAAAUACAGCUUCUCUGGAGAGCCGUGGCCCAGCGUGUCCAACCUGGCCAAGGACUUUGUGGAGCGCGUGCUGACGGUGGACCCCAGCGAGCGGCUGACCGCCGGCCAGGCCCUCAAGCACCCCUGGGUGGUGAGCAUGGCGGCCUGCUCCUCCAUGAAGAACCUGCAGCGCUCCAUCUCCCAGAACCUGCUGAAGCGAGCCUCGUCGCGCUGCCACAGCACCAAGUCGGCCCAGUCCACGCGCUCCAGCCGCUCCACCAAGUCCAACAAGGCCCGGCGCGCCCGCGAGAAGGAGCUCCGGGAGCUCAACCGCCGCUACCAGCAGCAGUACAACGGAUGACACCUAAGCCGCCUCGCCCUUCGCUGCGGCUCCUGCCUGUGUAGGCUCCUGUCUGGGGCAGUACUUUCACAGGGAUCGCUGCAGCUUAAAGUUGCGGUGUCCAGCGUCCCCCAAAGCCAUCGCCAUUGCCCAAUAGGCCGGGGGCUGUGAAGAUAAUAUAUGAAUUGAAGCCGAUGUAUUUAGAUUGACCCGUCAAUGGGGUUGUGACUCACUGUUGCCGGUAGCAAUGCGAGCAUCAUGCGUGACUCCCGGUGGAAGUGUACAGUACGGGCAGCAUGGAGGCGGUGUGAUGCAUUAUUUUGGUGAGGAGCUCGUGGACUAUAAUGGCAGAACGUGUCCCUUCCAGGUGGUGUAACCACCACAACAGCACUGGGAGAAACAUGGAGAACCUUUGGCUGCAUCCCAUUCUGUGUCUCUCAUUCAUCCCCCCCAAGGCUGAGGUAGACACGCUUCUCUACUCCCCCACAUGUCCUCCUCCUCACCUGUUCCUCCUCCUGCUGUCCUCCUCUUCACCUCCUAUUCCUGGCCUCCUCCUGUGCUGCCUGUGCCUCUGCAUAUUUAUUUAUUAUUACUGACCUUACUAUUGGUUUCCGUUCAAGCGGUCACUGGAUGAUGGCCGUCUAUGAUAAUCUGUUGAACAGAAUUCUUGGUACUGUGGUAGGUAGAAAAGGGUUGCCUUUUUAUGAAGAGGACUGAAAACUGCUUUUCUUGUUCAUUUCAUUGUUGAAAGAAAAUUGCUGUGAAAUAAUUAUUGUGCGACUUGAACAGAUGGACAAGUACAGCCAAACUUUAUCUGAAGAGCUGGGAGACCCAGCCCACUGCAACAACUUGGAUAUUGUUGAAGGCCAACAUUCAAAUACAUACGAUCCAUCAGGACUCAUGCCUAAGCUUUUCAUAUCUUGCGUUUUGCUCCAUUCAAAUAACACAACUGCAGCUGGCUAAAACUUGGUAUAUUGUGAAUCUUAUGUUAUUUUUUUCCGCCUACAUGUCAUUGUUUAGUUUUUACUUCAAUCAGCAUUUCCCAUUGAGAAGCCGUUCAGAAUAACAGGAGGGCAACCACAGUUUCAAUUGGUCCUACCAAAGAUAUUUUUACGAUGAGAAUAAACAGUCGAUGGCUAUGUUCGAUGGCUGGUUUAUCAAAGCAGCGCAUACUUCUUAGCUGGAGUCUUCUAACAUGUCCUACUAGGUGCAUUAGAUCUGUUUAACAGAACCCUAGUAUAUUGUACGUCCCCUGCACAUAUUGUGGUCUCAUCAAUAUAAAAGGAUAUGCCGUCCGUCUCACUGCACUCUCUGAGUUGGUGUUAAGAGUCCUGCGGUUUAAUUGUGUUUUUGUAUGCUCUUCUUGCCUGUGAGUCUGACACAACCACCUGCCAACCCACUACGUUUAAUAUUAUUUUAUGCGCUUAACCAUUUCCUCAUUCCUGUUUUUGAACAAUGUGUAUCUGUGGUCUCAAAACUUCUACACUUUUUAAUGUGAAGAUUAUGUUAACGUGAGGUAUUAAAGGAGAUAAAUCUUAUAAUUAGAAUCGUUUGAAGAAUCCAUGCUGUAAAUACAUUACAGUUACGUUUGCACUUAAAUUCAAUGACAUUCUAAGGCUUUGGGAUUAGAAUUGAUAUCAGCAGUGAAGGACCUCUGGACUGUAGUUUAAUGCCACGCCUCUGCCCACCUCUGUCUUCGCCUCACAUGGGAUUUGUAAUAUUGCUUGGGGCCUAUUCAAGUUAAUAAAUGUUGGAUAUGAAUUGUUAAAACAAGUACAAAAUACAUUUUCCUAUUUACCAUCUGUAUUUUUCUAAAAACCCUAUGUAUGGGGCAAGUACCAUUGUACAUCUAAAAACGUUCCGUUAAAAAUGCAAGACCACGGCUUGGCUAUAUUUGUUUUGGUCAGUGGUUUUCCUGUUUUGUUGCAAAGCUCUUCCUAGGAAAGGUCAUGUUGAGGUUAGUUUAAGAAAACAAAAAGUAUACAGUGACCAGAGGUUUGGAGCCAAAUAGAAAGAGUGUGUUUAUAGUGCAAUGGUGUCUGUGAUUAUGAAGGCUUUUACAGUACAUUUCCCUGUAUGCCUUAUUAUAUCAAUUACUCCCGUGAGCAGUUUGCUAUGAGCUGGCCUGUUAUUAUAAACCUUAUAUUUUGUGAAGUUUUUAUAAGUGAUACUGGAAAUCUAACCGAGCCACAUCAACUGACCUCAUUAUUCCUUUUUAUGUUGGAAAAUGAUUUUGUUAUUUUGCUUCUUCUUGGAAUGUUCCGUCAUCUUCCUCGCCCACGAGACGUGAGUGUUGACAGGGACCACUUUAUUUUAAAACAAAAUAAAACCUUGGGAUAACACCCAGCAACACCUUCUAUGGGCCAUGUCCCAAAUGUCCCAUUCUGGAUCAUUCCACCAGUCCAGGUUCAUCUGAUGCUGUCUCUCUUACCCUCUGACCACACUAGCCAGCGCAACACCUUUAUGUUGUUGUUUUUUAAUCUUUCACAUAGACAAGGACAUCGGAACAUCUAAAUGGGUUCUAAUACAGUCUACAAUUUAUAUAUGUGCAAAGACGCAACAUGGAAAAGACUGCUGUUUGUGGUUUGAAACUAAAUUCAGUGACCUCAAUAAUUAAUCUUAAUUCAUGAUAGAUGACAACAUGUGUUCUAGAUCAUAACAACCAUUAUCAUAAACAAGUUGCGUUUCAGUCAUUGGUAAAUAAGGGAAUUAUAAACUUGGCAUAAUGAUACAUCAUGCCAAGCUAUUAGUUGGACUCGCACAGAAUCAGAACUUCCAGAACCAUUGCUGAAUGUCAAGUUUAUACCAAUGAAUUACUUAAGUAUUUGUAAACCGUUUUGUAGAAUGUAAACAGACACAUUUGUACAACUGUUUCCUCUAAUCUUUGAUAUAUACUUGUGAUUUUGUGUAAAUGCUGUCCUGAAUGAAGUAGCCAAUGCAACACUGUUACUUAAUUACAGUUGUUAUUUGUAUUAUUUGCGUAAAUGAGUAUCCCUUAACACUUCCCUUGUUUUUCUUACUUUUGUUAUUUGUUUUAUACAAUGAACUUCUUUGAUGAGUUUUUGUUUUAUGCAUAUGUGCCAAUAAAUGAAAUUGGUGAUGACAUU